UAGCUAUUUCUGUCCUGUGUGCUACCGAUUCAUCGACAUACCCUUCAGCGACCGUUGAUGAAACGCAACCGCCAUUCUCCCCCAGAUUCAACUAAAAGUGUAGCAGACGAUCUUCGAAAUGAAUGACCUGUAUAUGAGUUAGCAUUUUCAAGAUGAAGAAAAUUAGCC